CCCACCAAUGUCCCUUUCAAAAUGGCUGGGAUCCCUUUGUAUUUUGUGGAUUUGCAGGAUGACUUAGAUGAUUUUGGGUUUGAAGACUAUGGACCAGAUUGUGAUAGCAUGAGGAUAACUGCAUUCUUGGACAUUCCAGGGCAGGAUAACCUGGCUCCGCUUGCACGUCUGGAAAAAUAUGCUUUUAGUGAUAAUAUCUUUAACAGGCAGAUUAUCACUAGAGGUCUGCUUGAUGUCUUUCGAGAUUUCAGCCAUAAUGAGGAAGAUUACUUGACAGUAAUGGCAAUAGUGGUUCGGCUGUCUGAAGAUACAGAGCCGACUGUACGUACAGAACUAAUGGAACAGAUACCACCUAUUGCGAUUUUUCUACAAGAAAGUAGGCCAAACUUCCCUACGGCUUUUUCUGAGUAUCUUAUGCCUAUUGUCGUAAGGUACCUAACAGAUCCAAACAACCAGAUAAUCUGCAAAAUGUCUUCAAUUGUGAACAAAUCUAUUGUUGAAUGCCUGCUUCUUCCUCGAUUCUGUGAGCUCUGCAGUGAUGGGAAGCUUUUUCAAGUUCGUAAGGUUUGUGCGGCAAACUUUGGUGAUAUUUGCAGUGCUGUUGGGCAAGAGGCUACAGAAAAGAAUUUGAUCCCGAAGUUCUUUGAGCUGUGCUCAGACAGUGUUUGGGGCAUGCGGAAAGCCUGUGCUGAAUGCUUUAUGGCUGUCUCCUAUACCAUUUCACCUGAAGUUCGGAGGAGCAAGUUGUCUCCCCUCUUUAUCAGUCUCAUCAGUGACCCAUGCAGAUGGGUACGCCAAGCUGCUUUCCAGUCACUUGGGCCAUUUAUUUCUACUUUUGCAAACCCUUCCAGUGCUGGACUUUACAUUCGGGAGGAUGGAACACUCAGUAUCCGGUCUUCCAGUCCAUGUCCAGCUGGCAAAAAUGCAAGCAACACGCCAUCUAGUUCAGAGAAGCCAAUGGAAAAUAAAUUGGAAAUAUUUACAGAGAAGUCUUAUGUUAACUGCACACCUCGUUCUGAAACAUCAAGUUCAGGUGCACAUGAAGAAGGUUCAGCCAUACAUGUUAAUUUUGGAGUAGACCAAACUAUAUUGAAUCAGAGUGACCAUGCUGGUCCUUUUGUGACUAAAGAUAUUAAAGACUGUGAAAUUAACAGUUAUCGGGGAAUGAACACAGGAAUCCAGUCUGCUGACGAUGUGUUUAAUACUUUUCUGUACUGGCGCCCCCCACUUCCUGACAUAAGCCAGGAUUUAGAGCUGCUUCAAUGCAAAACUGAGAUACAUGAAAAGAGCUGCUCAGUGUCCGAAGUUCUUUGUAAUAACUGUGUGGCCAGCAGUGAGAUUAAAAAGGUUCUGCAGAGUUUGCAGGAGCAUAUAGAUGACCCAGAUGUUCAAGCUCAGGUUCAAGUACUAUCAGCUGCACUCAGAGCUGCACAUCUUGAUUCAGUCAGUGAUGCUGUCAAACAGAAUGAAGACGUUAAUGAUAACCACAAGGAAGAUGUACCCACUUUGGACCCUGAUCCAGUACAGUUAAUGAGAGCACUAUCUUCUUUACCAAGCCAGGUGAUUAAUCCACCCUCUCCAACUAUAAUAAAAAGUGUGGAGUUAGAAGAGCAACAAAAUGGGACCAACAAAGUUUUAGGGACAGAUGAGAAUGAUUCCCUCGAAGAGGAUAAAUCAAAAUUACAGGAUAUUAUACCUCAGCCUUUGUUGGACCAAUACUUAUCUAUGACAGACCCUGCCCGUGCACAGACUGUUGAUACAGAAAUUGCAAAGCACUGUGCAUACAGCCUUCCUGGUGUAGCCUUAACAUUGGGCAGGCAGAAUUGGCACUGUUUAAAAGACACAUAUGAAACCUUGGCAUCUGAUGUACAGUGGAAGGUGCGUCGGACACUUGCUUUCUCCAUUCAUGAGCUGGCUGUUAUUUUGGGAGAUCAGCUAACAGCAGCAGAUCUAGUGCCUAUUUUCAAUGGUUUCUUAAAAGAUCUGGAUGAAGUGCGCAUUGGAAUCCUUAAACAUCUUUAUGACUUCCUUAAGCUCCUUCAUGCUGACAAAAGAAGGGACUAUCUUUACCAGCUUCAAGAAUUUGUGGUUACAGACAACAGCAGAAAUUGGCGGUUUCGUUAUGAACUCGCAGAGCAACUCAUUUUGGUACUUGAACUCUAUAAUCCCAAUGAUGUGUAUGACUAUUUAAGGCAUAUUGCACUGACUCUAUGCUCAGAUAAAGUCUCUGAAGUCAGGUGGAUCUCCUUCAGGCUGGUUGUAGCAAUACUACAGAAAUUUUAUGUAAACAAUGCAAACUCUUUGGGAUUAAAUUUCAUUAAUGAGUUGAUUGUGAGGUUCCGCCAUUGUUCUAAGUGGGUUGGAAGACAGGCAUUUGCUUUCAUCUGCCAGGCAGUAGUAGAAGAAGAAUGUAUGCCUGUUGACCAUUUUGUUGAACAUCUGUUACCCAGCCUUCUAAGUUUGGCUUCUGAUCCUGUGCCAAAUGUAAGGGUUCUGCUUGCCAAGGCUCUGAGGCAAACACUGUUGGAGAAAGCGUAUUUUAGAAGUGUAGGCAACCCUCAUCUUGAAGCUGUUGAAGAGACUGUUCUAGUUCUGCAGACGGACAGGGAUCAAGAUGUUUCUUUUUUUGCUACCAUCAAGCCAAAAUGCAAUAAUGUACAGAUUACUUCACUUGAAAAACAAAAUUAAUUUUGUUUUUCUGUGGACCACAAAAUGAUUAAUCUGCUAACAGGAUCUUACAUUGUCUACUAACCUCGUGGAAGACUAAGUCAAGCAACUAAUGCAAUCUAAGAGAAAAGGGCUUGUUCCAAAUGAGAAAUAUGUUGACCUUUUAUCUACAGACUGAUAAUGGUGAUAUGGAAUACUCACCAGUAAUACUGUUUUCAUUUUUCUUUCACAAAUGUGGUAACUCUCAUGUACGAAAGCUCUGUAUUUGUGUGUGUGUGUUCUUGUGAAUUGACACACAUACACUGUUUCAGCAUCAUUUUGGAGAAUAUGUUGAUUCAAAGGAAAGAAGGCAAUUAAUUGCUUGGCUGCAACCCAGAAUAGCGCACAAAGCUUGAGCUAAUAUAAUCAGUGAACAAUUUAGAAAGUGGACACUCUUUUCCAUUUUGUUACAAAUUGUUCCAUGGUUAGUGGCAUCAUGUUUUAUUAUAUUAACUCAUUCCAAUUUUACAUAACCGCCUGAAAACUGGAAAGAAUUCAGAAAACUUAAUUACAUAUCUACAACUCAUUUUUCAAUAAUAAGAUACAACACAGUUGUUUUAUUAGAGCAAAUGAAUUUAAGGGGCUUUUCCCAUCCAAAGUUGAUGGUUGAUCUUCAAAGAACUGAGGGUUUCACAUUGUGAAUUGUAGCAUGGUGGGGUGUGGGUGGAGGUGGAGUGUUUAUGUUAAAAUUAAUGAAAUGCCAUAGCUGUAGCUUUUUUUUUUCUGUCCUAUUAAGUCACAUACCCUUUCCACUAGUGGUGUGAUGUAUGUUCCUGUAAACUCAUUCUCAAACCACUUAAUUCUGAAAUUAUACAUUUAUUGAGUCUACUCCAUAAUAAGGGGUUUGAGAAAUAGAUAUAGACUGUUAGUCUUCAGUACUGGAAUAUUAGUAUUCAGUACUAGAAUGUGGUACAGAUUUGUUCUACAUUUUUGUUUCUGUUUGAGAAAUAUAAAAUGAGGUUAGGGAUGUAAAUUCUCCAAGAACACAUUAAAUAUUUUUACUUAGAUAUGAAUGUAAGCUUAAAGCCAUGAGAAUCAGGCUUUCUAUAUUUUGAGUAAUGAGGGUUUCUCUCUUUUGGAAGGUCACUGGAAAAUUCUGUAUGAAGUGUGGCAUCCAGUCCCUGAAGGGGCUGUAUAUGACCAGCAGUGCACACAUGGGUUUUUUCAACUACCUCCUUUCAACUGCUUUCUUCCUCAAAACUGCCUCUAAAGCAGCAUUUCAUUUGGUGCAGGAGGCUACAACCACAAGAGAGACCCUACAGUACUCUCUGUCUGUGUGUAGAAAUUUGUCCACAGACCACUCUCGAUCCCCACUGUUCGGGUUUAUUUUUGAAGGCUAUUAUUAGUACAACAAAAGCUGGCUUUUCUUUUUGUUGUGGAAAGGAUAUAAAACAGUGGAACUAUAAAUGGGAAGAUGGAGGAGGACCAGUGUAAUCUUGUAAGCUGUUAAGUAUGACAUUACAUGACACAGUCUUAGAGAAAAAUAAUGAAACUAAAGACUGAUCCAUUUUAUGUUCCUGGUUAUCUGUGAAAAAAUUAACAUGUAUAAGAGCACAAUGCACACACCUUUUGUCAGAAUUUGAGAGUCCAGAAACUUAGAUUGUGUGAUUUGCACAAAAUAAAUUGUUGUAUAUAAUACGAUUUUUUGGCAGGAAUAAUUCAUAAAUGUGAUCACUGCGGGAGGUAAAUAUUGUGAACAGAGCAUAAAUAUGACAGUUCUACAAAAGGCUCAUAACAGUUACGAAACCAUCUUCUUUUCAGAUUUUCUUUUAUUGAAUAUAUAGCCAUUAGACAUUUAAGGACAGAAAACCUGAAAAGGAACCCUAUACAUGUUGGAUUUUCCCCCCAAAAGCAUAGAGAAACAAAUCUCAUUUAAUGACCAGCAAAAAUAUUCCACUCAUUAUUUGUCUGGUAACUUAGAAAGACACAUUUGUGUUCUCUUCAGCAUCUCUGUUUCAUUAAGUGAUUUCAUUGUCUGGAUUCUCAACUUGUUGUUAUGUUUUCUCAUUUUAUUUAUUUAUUUUUAUAAAAAAACGGUUUAGUUUGCCACAAUUGCCUACCAAAUUCUAGGUGUGAUGUCAUGAAAGAUUCUGUCCCAGAUUGCAAUACAUUGUUUAGCAUUUGUAAGAACAUUACGUGUUUUGCAAGUUCCUAAAAAUGCUUUUAGAAACAAUGGAGAAAUAUAUCCUUGCUUCUUCAUUAUAACGUAUCUAAGCUGUGGUUCUGCAAGGAGUUUCUACAUUUAAAUGUUUUAAUAAGUUUAAAACAAAAUGCCUCUUCAAUGCAAGUGAUUUUUUAUGACUGCAGUUUCUCAGCAAAAUGUCAUUUUUUGUAGUUUUAAUAUCUUUUUCUAAUGCUGACAUUAUACAAAUAUUUUUUUAACAGUUCAGAUUUUUCUAAAAUUGUUCUAAUCCUUUUUUGUUUAUGUUGACCAUAAUAGGUCGUUAAAUUUUUCAGCACUGAUCAUUGUUUUUGUUUUCUAAGUGUACAGAGAAAUGUUUGUGGAGAACUGUAUAUAGUUUGCUGUUUGAACAUUAAAACAAUCCAGUUUGGGCUGCCAUGUUAAUUUUACAUUGAUAGGUACCCCAUUGUUACACCAACCUAUUAGAUAUUAUGGACUUUCAUUCGUCUUUAGAAAGCUGGUGUAAUUUUCAUGAAGAUAUUGGUUGGUUAAUAUCACGUAUGCAUGUGUAAGUUGCUAAACUAAAUAUUACCAAAAUGGCAAAUGAAAUUUUAAUUAAAAAUUAGCACCUUUUUCUAAAUCUAGGCAUUACCCCCAUUUUUGAAAUGUGAUUUUUGUUAAAAUGUUUUGAAAACGUGUUUAAUAAUAAUGUAUAGUUGCAUGCACUAGAGGUGGGGAGAAUUCUGAGCAAUUCAGCUCACUUUUCCUCUUCCCUUGCUUUUGCCCACUUUGUAAUCCCAUCUCCCACCUCCUAUUUGUGUUUCUACAUUUGAAUUAUAGUGGCAAUGGGUUUAAGUAGCAAAGAAAGGCAUGGGCACAAACACCAUUCAUUUUUCAAUGACUUGUCUGUAGCUUCUCCAUGAAUACCACUGAAAUGAUGGAAAUGUGUGCAGCAGCUAUUCUGGAGUGAUUCUCUAGUACAAUUUAUGCAUGAUUAGGUGACAGUACCUUAUAGCGCCUUCUCUAGAGCAAACAAUCAGAGUUAAGCAAAGAAGACUAAAGUAGUGGUUUUUCAUUCUUUAAAGAAAAAGAAACGUAAAACCUUAUAGUGAACAAAAGUUGAUAUUUAACUACCCUCCUCUCAAAAAACUGCAAGGAUUUCACUUCACAAUGUUUGGCUGAGACAUGAAAAACAAAUAUUAGUAUUGCAAUACUGCAGUAGUGUGUAUUUGUACCAGAACUGGGUUAGUCAUCUUUGCAUAGAAAUCAAAUCUGCUGUUAUCUGCUGCAUAUGAUUGUAAAUUUGGCUCCUCCUGGAAUUUUUCCAGGUGGCAGUUACAUGCUUGUAAAGUAUGGCAAGUGCUUAGGAACAUUCUGGAAGACACUCUGGAAGUGCUACUAAUUUUGUCAGAAAAUAGUCUAUGUAACUUUUUAUUCAUAUUUAUCUCAAUAAAUCCCAUGUUUGUUUUAUUAAA